GGGUAACAAAAAUUGCCUUCCAAACUGUACUCCUUUAUGCUUUGGUCCCAUCCCUCAUUCUUUUAUUUUGACUUUAUUCCAUCUUCAUGUGAAAUUUAUAUCUACCUUGCCUUCCUUAAGCUACCUAUAUCAUAUUCCUUCACUUAUAUGCCUCCUCCUCAUUGUGUCAUGAAGGAAAAAAUCUCCAUUCCCUCCUCACAACAUUCCGAAAAAGAUUUGGUGACACGGAGGUCAGGAAAAAGAUCGUUUCAGAAUGCGAGUGAUGAAAUGAUCAAGAAAUCGGAGAAGUGCAGUAGUGCAAGUGAUGGGAAGCACCCCGUGUACCGGGGUGUCCGGAUCAGGAGCUGGGGGAAAUGGGUGUCCGAAAUUCGAGAGCCGAGGAAAAAAUCAAGAAUCUGGCUAGGGACAUUUGCAACGCCAGAAAUGGCAGCUAGAGCCCAUGAUGUAGCGGCAAUAGCUAUUAAAGGUCACUCUGCUUUUCUCAAUUUCCCUGAAUUGGCUCACCAAUUGCCACAGCCAGCUUCAAAGUCUCCUAAAGAUAUUCAAGCCGCUGCAGCCCAGGCUGCAGCCAUGAACAAUGUUCCUAGCCAUGAAGCCGAAGCUGAAGCCGAGCUGAGCGGAGCCGAGGCGACAACAACAACAAUAACUAGUGACUCCUCUGGAGAGUCCUCUAGUACUUCACCUAUAAGCCACAUUGAGGACCCUUUUCUUGACUUACCAGAUCUCUAUCUCAACUUGGGUCACAAAAUUGGUCACUCAAUCCACGAAUUCCCAUGGAGCCUGGCUCGAGCCGAGACCGUCGACAGUGAGCUCUGGCUUGACGAGCCAUUUUUGUGGUAGUUAGCUAGAGAGUCACCAUGACAAGUCCAAAUAGAAAAGCAACAAGUUGGGAAAUAACAAAUGUGUGUGGAGAUUUGGUAUUCUUGCUUACGUAUGGUUACAACUCCUUUUUAAAACGUUUGUAAAUUGCAAAGACAUUAUGUUAGUUUUUCAUGGUUGAUUAGUUGCAUUGGACUAUUCUUCGUCUCAUGAGACAACCUAAUUAGAUGUUUGAUGAGCUCUGUCUGUGUGAGUUUAUAUAAGAUGUUGUGGCCUUCAAGUUUGGAAUCCGUUGGCCGAGACUCAAAGAACAUGCACCAUGUGCAGCUGCUUUACACUAAAAAACUGCAUUUCGAUUGCGUACUUGAUUAGAUGUUUCUAUUACUAUUGCCAUGCUGCUCACAAGGCAUGUGCUUAGAAUAUUUCAAUGCAUGGCUUCUUUUUU